AUGUUCAACGCUAACCACACUACUUCCAUCCCUGACGAGGACAAAAAAAUUGACUCGUUGGUAUUGGAUGCUACUCCAUUAAUUACUCAAUCGUACCAACAUCUAAAACAGUAUGCUUCAAAAUUCUAUACGACUCCAACUGUUUAUAAUGAAAUUAGAGAUGCUAAUGCACGUAAAAAUUUAGAAGUUUGGGACACCUUGGGCGUAUUGCAUAAAAGGCAUCCUAAAGAAAGCAGCAUUAAAUAUGUAUCUAAUUUUUCUAAGUUGACUGGUGAUUAUCAAGUACUAAGUGCAAAUGAUAUACAUAUUAUUGCAUUAACUUACGAAUUAGAAGUUGAAUUAAAUGGAACUGAUAAGAAUGUUAGGAAAAGACCAGGUGAGAUUUUGCCCAUUGAUUUGAAAAGACAAGAACUUGAAGAGAAAAGGGGGAAGGAAUUGAAAAAAGAAGAACAAAUGAAAAAAAAAACACAGCAACAGGAAGAAAGAGAAAAAAAGCAAAAAAAUGGUGAUACUACUAGAGAAGAAAAAGAAGAAGAAAAGAAUGGAGAGGGGAAAAAGAAGAGAACAAGAAGAGGUGGUAAAAAGCAAAGGAUUAAAAAAGAACUAGCUGCAGCCAUUGCUUCCAAUGAGGCUGAUAAUAACAAUACAGCUCAAGAAACAGGGAUUAAAGAUAAAAGCUUGCCCAAUGAAUCUAAUGCUAUCACAAACUCUUCAUUAGAUUUUGAAAAUGGGGAAUAUUUUGCAGAUGAAGAUGAAGAUGGCGACUGGAUUACACCUUUAAAUAUAGCUACGCAAUUGAUGAAAGAUAACGGUGAAGAUACAGUUGGUGGCACAGCAUUAAACAAUGAAAUGUACGACGAUGACGAGGAAAAGGUAGUUGCUUUGUGUAGUGGUGAUUUUGCUGUACAAAAUGUUGUAUUACAAAUGAACCUAAAACUAAUGAAUUUUAUGAAUGGUCUAAGGAUCAAAAAAUUGCGUAACUAUAUGUUAAGAUGCCAUGCAUGCUUUAAAAUGGUUCCACUGCCUAAAUCUGAAAAGCAGGUACAUUUUUGUCCGUCUUGCGGUGGAUACAAUACUGUUUUAAGAUGUGCUGUAUCCAUUGACACUUCUGGUAAGAUUAUUCCUCAUUUAAAAAAAAACUUUCAAUGGAGUAAUAGAGGUAAUAGAUAUUCGUUAGCCAGCCCAUUGUCUAAAAACAGUGUUAAAAAAUAUGGUAAAAAAGGGUACGAUCAUGGUAACCCAGUAGAUGUGGUUAUAUUAAGAGAAGAUCAAAAGGAAUAUGAACAAUCUAUUAAACAAGAAGAAUGGACCAGAAAACAUAAUGAGAAAGUAUUAAAUGAUUAUUUGGGAGGUAGUUCAAGUGGUUCUGCUGAUAAUAUUAUAUCUCCUUUUGUAGAUAUCGAUGGAUUGAAGCAUCACAAGACCAGGAUCGGCAAAGGAAGAUAUGUAAACAGAGGACGCAAUAGUAAGAAAUGA